CGGUGCUUUGGUGGAGUUUGACGUGGCACUCUGCUUUCACUGAGGGAAAUAGACAGAGGAGAGGACUCUACCCAAUAUUCAGGUUGUCAAAACUCAUUUGUCUUGGCAUGAGAAGAAAGUGACAGUCAUUCCAUCAAAAUGAGUCAACAGGGUUAUGUUGCAGCACCCCCAUACUCCCAGGCCCAGCCAGGGAUGGGGGGCUACCAAGGUGGAUUUGGGAGUGGUCCUGCGCAGCCCCUCUAUGGGCACUAUGGGGGGCAACCUCAGACAUUCACAGCUCCACCAACAGGUAUGAUGAAAUCACCAGUUUCCUCUGCCGCCGGUAUGCCUCCACCUCCAGUGUCCAGUCAGUACAAUCCAAAUAUCCAGCAAAAUGGCGCUCAUCCACAAAGGUACCCUGCUCCACCAGCUGUAUCUGCUGCGUAUGGACAACCUCCACAGUCCCCAUACAACAGUAUGGCCUCACCUGGCCCGCCUGCAGCACAACAGCUCACCACUCAGAUGAGUGCUAUGAACUUGGGCGGCUAUGCCCCAGGGCCCAUGCAGAGCCCUCCUCUUCCAACAAGCUCUGUAGCCCAGCAGCCUUUCCAGGCGCCUCCUCCUCCAGCAAUGGGCCAGCCACAGAUGCCUCCGGGCCCACAGUCACCCCACAUGCCCCAACAAAUGUCCCCUCUGAUGUCUCCACCACAGUCACCUCCAGCAAGCAUGCCAAUGGCAGGUCCACCACUGGCAGGCCCACAGAUGGCAGGCCCACAGAUGGCAGGCCCACAGAUGGCAGGCCCACAGAUGACAGGCCCACAGAUGACAGGCCCACAGAUGACAGGCCCACAGAUGGGAGGCCCACCGAUGGCAGGCAUGGGUAGACCCUUCCCUGGGCCGCCUCCUCCAGGCCCUGGAGGUUUCCAGCAGCCUGGUCCUGGAGCUGUUGGUCCACCAGGAUACCCACAGCAAGCCGGUCAGUUUGGGGGACCCAUGGCUGGGCCCCAGCCAGGCAUGCCAGGGGCCUUCCCCGGAGCACCAGCUGCGAUGGCUGGCCCUCCACAGAAGAAACUAGACCCUGACUCUAUCCCAAGCACUACCCAAGUCAUUGAGGAUGACCAAGUACAACGAGGAGGACAGGUCUUCAGCACAAACAUCAGGGGACAGGUUCCACCUCUGGUCACCACGGACUUCACAGCACAGGACCAAGGCAAUGCCAGUCCCAGGUUUAUACGAUGCACCACCUACUCCCUACCCUGCACUGCCGAUUUGGCCAAACAGUGCCAAGUGCCCCUGGCUUCCAUCAUUAAACCCUUUGCCAGUUUGCCAAAGAAUGAGACUCCUUUGUAUGUUGUGAACCAUGGUGAGACAGGCCCCAUCCGCUGCAAUCGAUGCAAGGCCUACAUGUGUCCUUACAUGCAGUUUAUUGAUGGUGGUCGUCGCUACCAGUGUGGUUUCUGCAACUGUGUCAACGAAGUGCCAGUCUUCUAUUUCCAACAUCUUGACCACAUGGGCCGGAGGGUGGACUUCUAUGAGAGGCCUGAGCUGUCCUUGGGAUCCUAUGAGUUUGCAGCUACCAUGGAUUACUGCAAGAACAACAAACCUCCGAAUCCUCCUGCCUACAUCUUUAUGAUUGACGUGUCCUACAACAACAUUAAAAGCGGCCUGGUCAAACUGAUAUGUGAUGAGCUGAAGACUCUGCUGGAGAAGCUGCCCAGAGAGGAAGGUGUGGAGAGCUCGGUGAUUAAGGUCGGCUUUGUCACCUACAACAAGAUCCUCCACUUCUACAAUGUGAAGAGCGCUUUGGCCCAGCCCCAGAUGAUGGUGGUUUCAGAUACGGCUGAGAUGUUCGUCCCGCUGCUUGACGGCUUCCUCGUCAACUACCAUGACUCAAGGGCUGUGAUCUACAACCUCCUGGACCAGAUCCCUGACAUGUUUGCAGACACCAACGAGAGUGAAACGGUCUUUGCCCCUGUCAUCCAGGCCGGCGUGGAGGCAUUUAAGGCAGCAGAGUGUAGUGGAAAGCUCUUCAUUUUCCAUUCCUCCAUGCCCACCGCCGAGGCUCCUGGCAAACUGAAAAACAGGGAUGACAAAAAGCUGGUCAACACUGAGAAAGAGAAAACCCUGUUCCAGCCUCAGAAAGGAGUGUAUGAGCAACUGUCAAAGGACUGUGUGGCACAGGGCUGCUGUGUGGAUCUCUUCCUCUUCCCUAGCCAGUACAUUGACAUGGCAACCAUGGCUGAUGUGCCCUCGCACACUGGAGGCUCUGUCUACAAGUACAACAACUUCCAGGUGGAGACAGAUGGGGAACAUUUCCUGAGAGACCUAAGGAAAGAUGUGCAGAAGAGCAUUGGAUUUGAUGCCAUCAUGCGUGUUCGUACCAGUACAGGCUUCAGAGCCACAGACUUCUUUGGUGCCAUCCAUAUGAACAACACCACAGAUAUAGAGAUGGCAGCUGUGGAUUGUGACAAGGCUGUGACCGUCGAGUUCAAGCAUGACGACACGCUCAAUGAGGAGUCUGGGGCACUCAUGCAGUGUGCCUUGCUGUACACCACCAUCAAUGGCCAGCGACGCCUGCGUAUCCACAACCUCAGUCUGAACUGCAGCUCGCAGUUGUCAGAGCUGUACAAGAGCUGUGAGACUGACUCACUCAUCAACUUCUUUGCCAAAACAGCUUACCGUGCCAUAUUGAACCAGCCUCUAAAGAAUGUGAGGGAGAUCCUGGUCAACCAGACAGCCCACAUGUUGGCCUGCUACAGGAAGAACUGUGCCAGCCCCUCCGCUGCCAGCCAGCUGAUCCUGCCCGAUGCCAUGAAGGUGUUCCCAGUCUACAUGAACAGCCUGAUGAAAACCGCUCCCUUGGUGGGCAGCACGGAGCUCUCCACAGACGACAGAGCCCAUCAAAGGCUGUCGGUCAUGGCCAUGGGGGUGGAGGACACACAGCUGCUGCUCUACCCACGCCUCAUCCCACUGCACAACAUGGACGUUAGCAGUGAGGUUCUGCCUGCUCCAGUGCGCUGCUCAGAGGAGCGUCUUGCAGACUCUGGCAUGUUCCUGUUGGAGAACGGCCACUCCAUGUUUUUGUGGCUGGGCCAAGCAACCCCACCGGACCUCAUCCAGAGCAUCUUCAACAUGCCCUCCCUCGCACACCUGCAAGGACACAUGUCUGUGCUGCCAGAGCUGGACAGCCCAAUGUCAAAGAAGAUCCGCUCCAUCAUCAGUGGCCUGCUUGAAAAGAGGCCGAACUCCAUGAAGCUCCUAAUCAUGAAGCAAAGGGACAAACCAGAGAUGAUGUUCCGUCAGUUCCUAGUGGAGGAUAAAGGUCUGCAUGGUGGUGCCUCCUACAUGGACUUCCUUUGCUACGUUCACCGAGAGAUCAGGCAGCUGCUCACUUAACCCCAAAUGCUUGUCCUCAAUGUUCCCAUCCAGACUGGCCUGGGAGAAACACGGCAUCUAACCAUGCACAAAUCUCACUGGCUCCGCUUCAGUAGGUCCUAUUUGAAUCUUAAGGACGAUCCAUAGAAAGAAACUUUUAAGUGUUUCACAAAGACAGAAGAGGGAACGAGGAACCAGGGAGAACCUUUUGAGAUUCAGCCUCCAGCUGCCUUUCCACAGCUGCCUUUCAUACAUGCCUUUGUCAUCCUUUAGUAUACACACAGUAUGAUCUUCAAAUAACCACUUGUCACUUGAGGAACAUCCAAGUAGAUCUGGAGGAAUGAAAUGGACAACACAUCCAGCAUUUCCCGCACAGAUACUUUGUGUGAUGGACUGUGGAGAUGGGAAUGACAUCAGUGCCUGAGGCUGAAAUGCAUUUUGGCAUAAAGCCCGUCGGCAUAAGCAAUACAGAAUAUAUCUCCACUGUGUUUGCAGUUGAUUGAAGCGCUUUUUCAUUUCACUUUGUAGAUUUACAGGGUCUGGAUAAGACAAGGGGUUAUUUGUGGGCCAUACUGUAGAUGUUAACUUUUAAACUCAAUAGAAACUCACCAGUGUUUAUUACUCUCCCACAAAGACUAAAUAUGUAAAGGAGUCUCAGUAACUAAUUUUAAAGUUUUUUAAGCAAAGUCUUAAAGAAAUUUUACAAUAUUCAAAUUGCUUACAGAGGUUUCUACAUUUUAAUCUUACUAUUGCUGUCCUAGUGGAAAAUUUAUGAAAAUAAACAUUUAAGCAGUGUACCCCCAGUAGCAGGUUACUCAUAAUUUAGCAGAAACAACGCCAAAAUAAAUCCCACUCGUUUGCCAGGACUGAAAAUUGUUCCCGUUAUUACAACAUGUGUAAAUCAAAUCAUUCGAUUCACGCAUGGCCUGACCAAAAAUCAGAUUCUUUAACCAUUUAUGGCAGAGAUUUGAUUUUCACAAUGUGCAGUGACGCAGGAAACAUUCUUGUUUUGGUGAGAAUACACCGACAUGAAUGCAGCUGUUGCUCUACAUAGAGUAAGGACCAACUACACUUUUCUACAUGAGAUGAGUCAGAAUUGGUACUAAAAAACGGUUGUUUAAGGGAUACUUAUUUACAUUUGUAAUGAGAAAGAGGAAUGGACUGCGAAUUAUGCCGAGAAGCAUUAAAGGGAAGAAGUUACUGGGACCAAAUAUUAAGCUCCCCCCCCCCCCCCAAACUGUCAUGUUAGACAUUAUGAUUUAUCCUUGGAGUGAUUCAUUUUAUUAUUAUUAAUAUUAUUAUUAUUAGCAAACAACCUGCAACAAUGUCUUAUUUUAUGAAAAACAGUGCCAGCAGACUUUCAGAGCAAAUGAACCUCUGUGAGGACUAAAGCUAAAAAAAAGAAAAAAAAAAGAAAAAAGAAAAAAUCUGGCUCACUGUUUAACCACCCAAAUUCACUCAAAUCUUGUUACAUUAAUAACUAUAAUCUGCAAAGUUGUCUUUCAUUAUAAUAUGUAACAUUUCAGUCAUGAGUUUCAGUACAGCAUCAUACUGUAUUGCCUUGCUUGUUUUUAUAGAGGAAAACGCUUCUGUGUAAUUCAUGUUCAUUUGAUAAAUAUUGUACGAUCUUG